CUCGAUGCUGAAUGUUGGAGUGCAAUGGCGGCGUGCCGGGGAUCCUCGUCGAAAUGGUUUUUCACCCGGGAGCAGCUCGAAACCACGCCGUCCCGCCGCUGUGGAGUAGAACCGGACCGGGAGCUCUCUUACCGACAACAAGCGGCGAACCUGGUCCAAGAUAUGGGUCAGAGACUCAACGUCUCUCAAUUAACAAUUAAUACAGCCAUUGUUUACAUGCAUAGAUUUUAUAUGCACCACUCUUUCACCAAAUUCCAUAGGAAUAUAAUGUCUCCAACCGCCUUGUUCUUGGCCGCGAAAGUGGAAGAGCAACCUCGGAAACUCGAACAUGUGAUCAAAGUGGCACACGCUUGCCUAAAUCCUCAAGAACCGCCUCUAGACACGAAGAGUAAUGCAUACCUCCAGCAAGCUCAAGAGCUGGUGAUACUUGAAUCCAUAGUGCUGCAGACCCUGGGCUUUGAAAUUACUAUUGAUCACCCACACACUGAUGUGGUGAAAUGUUCCCAGCUAGUGCGAGCAAGCAAGGAUCUGGCACAGACUUCCUAUUUCAUGGCGACCAACAGUCUACACCUCACCACCUUCUGCCUCCAGUACAAGCCCACAGUGAUCUCCUGUGUGUGCAUCCACCUGGCAUGCAAGUGGUCCAACUGGGAGAUCCCAGUUUCCACUGAUGGGAAACACUGGUGGGAGUACGUGGACAACUCUGUUACCCUCGAGCUGCUGGACGAGUUGACCCACGAGUUCCUGCAGAUUCUGGAGAAGACGCCCAGCCGGUUAAAGAGGAUACGCAACUGGAGGGCAACACAAGCUGCCAAAAAGCCCAAAGGUGACAGCUCUCAGUUGAACGACAACCCGUUUCCCGGGCCUUCCAUGCUCCAGGAUCACGGCGAUUUGCCGCUCGCCGCCAACUCGAGCUUCUCCAAAGCGAGCGGCGCCUUCGGCGUUGCCAUGCCCGACCAGUCCGGAGCCGCGUCCCUGGACGCCUUGGCCGGGCCGUACAACCCGGCCAGCCACAGCGAGUGGCCGCUGGUCAACCAGAGCCAAGCCGGUUACCCGUCUGCCUGUAUAAAGCAGGAGCCCCUCAGCAUCCCUCUCCAAGAGCCGGCGUACAGAACUGAGAAAACGCUCGACUUCCUCCCUGUCAAACAGGAACAAAAAGGCGCCGGCGGAAGCGGAGCGGGCAAGCAUCCUCCGCCCCCGCCGCCGCCGCAACCGUCUCUGGCUCCAAAGCUGUCGUUGGACAAAUACCGAGAGAAACACGCCGCGGAGCUGGCCGUCUCUGGGCAGAAACGCAGCCAGGAACAGCAUGGAGGAGGACUGGAUUUCGAUAACAGGGGCGAUAUGGCAUCUUCCUCCUCUUCUACCUAUGCAUCCUCCUCUUCUGCGAGCCAAGCGGACCACAGGAAGCAUUCGCAGCCCCACCAAGCGUCCCACGGGGUCCCCGCCGACUCCCCGAUGAAAAUCAAGGUUCCCUCCUCCUCGACUUCAGGGCAAGAGAGACGCCACCACGGCGACAAGCGGGACAAAGGCUCGCUGAAGCUCCGCCUGGCCGUCCCCGGCUCCGGCGACGGCUCCCAGCCGGACCGAAGCGGACAGCCGAUCAAAGACGAGCUCAAGAUGAAGAUCAAAGUCUCGUCGUCCGAGCGCCACAGCUCGUCGGACGAAGGCGUGGCCAACAACCUCAAGAGUAAACAUUCCAGCCCCCUGGUGGGCAAGGAGAAGCAACACCGCGGCGCCGACCACGGCCUCCAGCGCCACCACAAGCACAGUCACCCGCACACGCACAGCGGGAACGGCGGGGCGGGCCCGCUCCGGGGGCCGCCGGGACCGCUCGGCGCGGAAGGGACCGGGCUCCCUCCGCCCGGCUCCGCCUCCUUGUUGUCGUCGCGCAAAAGGGUGUACCCGGAGGGCCACAACCACCACGCUUCCUCCUCGCUCUCCACUUCAUGCUCCAAAGUGAACAAAAUCUCCAAGGGUGGCACUGGUGCUGCAGGUGGGCUGCGGACCUCUCAGCAGUACCCUCCUCCUAGCGAAUCGCCACAUGAAGUGGGAGAGCAGAGACACUGAGUCCGCCGCUCUGCAGCCAUGGCCAGCCCGUGGAAAUGGCAACAAAACUACCCACACAGCUCAGACUAUGCUCACAUCCCUGUUAAGUGCCCUAAGGAAAUAACUCUUUGUCGUGAUAAACCCUUUACUGAAAGGCAAAAAACAAAAAACAAAAAAUGAAGACGAGUAUUGUUGGACAUCUCACUUUCUGAGACGAGAAAGAAAAAAAUUAUGCUUCCUGACUGUCGGAUGUCUGGGCCGUGACGCCCAGUCCUGUCUUUCCGUCGGUGUUGAAUCGCUGCUCGGUUCUCCUUCCUCCUCAGUCGAGUCUAGGAAUGUGCAAAAGCGGGCGUUUUCCCCGCGUGGGCGAGGGAAGUCUUCCCUGCAUUUCAGAUCUCCACGUGGAGAGCAAAAAAAGUAUUACAAGUACUAUACGGCAUGGAAGGUGCACCUUUUUUUUAUUUUCAUCUAUAUAUAUAUUUUUUAACAUUUAAUUUAAUUGAAUCACAUUUUCUGCAGUCGUAUGGAGGGAGCCAGCGGCCGGCUGGGGAGGGCUUCACGUCGUUUGCCGGCAUUCCAUUUAGUAAUGUUGAUGGAUUCAAAUAAUUAUAAUUUUCUCUUUCUCUUUUUUUCCGGUGUAAAGUUUCAUCUCCUCAAUUUCUUUCUCGUUGUGAUUUCUUUUUAUACUUCAGUACUGUGCGUACGAUUUGCAUGUUUCAAUCAACGGGAUUUAAAAGGCGAAUGCGUACUUGCUGCUUACAGAAAGUGGAGAUAAAUGUACAUACGUUUUUGUAUGUUUAAAGACGAAAACAAAGCUAUACCAUGACUACUCAGGUUUGGAGCUGCUUGUAAGUAUAACAAGAUAACUAUAAUACCGAUGAAAUACUUUUAUUUUGUUGAUCGACUGACUGGGCGUCAUCGGGUGAAUGAGUGCAUUGUUCCAGUGGCGUGUGUGUGUGCUUCUACCCACCUUCCUGUAGGGGGUGCUGUUCCUUGCGUUUCCAUCACAGGGAACAUUAGUUGCUGCCCUCGGUAACGGAGGCACAUCGAACUACUUAUCACAUCAGAGCCAUGCAAUUUGUACCAAAAAAAAUCAUUAUUUUUGGGACCUAUAAUUAACCUUAAGCUGGAUGCCAAAGGUUGUGCCUCAAAAAGAAAUUUAAAAAACGACUGACACCAACACUAGUAGUGUGCUAUUAAAGUUGACAUAACCCUUUUUACUUUGAAGUGCACCAUACAUACUUUUGACAUGAAGCUGUAGCCCUUAGAUGUCAGCAGGAGAUGUGAGUCGCCGACUCGGUUCCUUCCCAGCAACAGUCGUAGGAAUGGUGACCAAAUGGCAAUAUGCAACCUGCUGACUCAUUUGGAAAACCUCAAGCAUCUGCAGUGUGGACGUCCCUUUACAGGUUUUGCCACCGAUUUCCUCGUUUCCAUUUCCAGCCGUGUACAUAUCUGGACACGCCUCUCACAACAGUUUCAGACUUCAACUCCAUAUUGUUCCCAAAUGUUGCCUCGCUGUUCUAGACCGGGUUAUUCAAGAGCCGUUGGUACCCGACAGUUGGGCACGCAAAGCAUAUGUGAACAAAUAAGCAUAACCCCCCCCCCGCUCUUUAUAUCCUUUUUCUUUUCCCUUUCCAUUUUAAUAUUACCAAUAAACUUCAGUCGCCACUACCCUGACACGGUAUA